AUGGAUUGGCUUCAGCUGUUCCUCCUCCAUCCUGUAUCACUUUAUCAAGGGGCUGCUUUUCCUUUUGCACUUCUGUUUAAUUAUCUCUGCGCUAUGGAUUCAUUUUCCACCUCUGCAAGGUACCUCUUGCUCCUGGCUGGAGGCGGGGCCCUGGCCUGGGCUGCCAUGGGUUCCUUCGCCGUGCUUGUCCUCCUCCCUGCUCUGUGCGCGGGGGUUCUGAUUUCCUCUCUCGGCCCCCAGGACGUCCACAGGUGGGCUUUCUCCUUUCAGAUGAGCUGGCAGACGCUGUGCCACCUGGGCCUGCACUAUACCGAAUAUUACCUGCAAGAACGUCCUUCCGGGAGGUUCUACAUCACUCUUUCAUCCCUGAUGCUCUUGACCCAGAGGGUCACAUCCCUCUCUCUGGAUAUUUGUGAGGGAAAAGUGAAGGCAGCAUCAAGAGGCAUCAGGGGCAGAAGCUCUAUUCCUGAGCAUCUGUGGAAGGCACUGCCCUAUUUUAGCUACUUGCUCUUUUUCCCUGCCCUCCUAGGAGGCUCCCUGUGUUCCUUCCAGAGAUUUCAGGCUCGUGUUCAAGGAUCCAGCAGUUUGGGUCCUAGGUGCUCUCUCUGGGCUCUGACCUGGAGAGGUCUGCAGAUCCUGGGCCUCGAGUGCCUAAAGGCGGUCCUGCGGACAGUGGUGGGUGCAGGAGAAGGUCUGUCUGACUGCCUGCAGCUCCAGUGCAUCUGUGUCAUGUGGUCCACAGCUGGGCUCUUCAAACUCACCUACUACUCCUGCUGGAUCCUGGAUGAUGCCCUCCUCCGAGCAGCAGGCUUCGGACCUGAGCUUAGUCAGAGCCCUGCUGGGGAGGGAUACACCUCCGACGCGGACAUUUGGACACUGGAAACAACGCACAGGAUAUCCCUGUUCACGAGAAAGUGGAACCAAAGCACAGCCGAGUGGCUCCGACGCCUAGUAUUCCAGCAGGGCGGGGCCCGGCCGUUGCUGCAGACCUUCGCCUUCUCCGCCUGGUGGCACGGACUCCACCCAGGACAGGUGUUUGGUUUCCUCUGCUGGGCUCUGAUGGUGCAAGCUGAUUACCUGAUCCACACCUUCGCCAACCUGUCUAUCAGAUCCCGGCCGAUGCGGCUGCUCUAUAGAAUUGUCACCUGGGCCCACACCCAGCUCAUCAUUGCCUACAUAAUGCUGGCCGUGGAGGGCAGGAGCCUCUCCUCUCUCUGGCUGCUGUGUAAUUCUUACAACAGUGUCUUUCCCGUGGUGUAUUGCAUUUUGCUUUUUCUAUUAGCAAAGAGAAAGCAUACAUUGAACUGA